UAUUCCACCGAUCCGUUAUUCUAGAGAUAUGCUUUUUGUAUCCCGAUUAAAAAAAAUACAUUUAUUUUUAAACACUAUUAAAACAAAAAACAACAACAACAUCAAAAAAGGCUCCUUUCCCAAAUCUCGCGUGUUCUCGCGAUAGCUGCGGUGUCGCGAUAAAGCUGCCAGAAGAGCAGAGUGUUCUACUGCGCUCCGUAAACAACAUGGCGUUUCCCGGACUCGGCUGGAGCUGAGACAGCGCAGUUGACAGCGGACAUCUGAGCGAGAGAAGCAGGAGCCGUGUCUCAGGGCAAUCGGAGAAGGAGCAGGCAGGUUGCCUUCAACUACGGAUCGCUGCCGAAAAGCAGAUCAAGUGCAGAAAAGGGUCAGAAAUAACCCACGGACUGGCCUUUGUAAACAAGAAGACGCAUUUCCAGGUUGCAGCCAAUAAACAAACAAACAAUACAGACACCAUUCCUGAUCAACUAGUAACAGCUCUGCGGUAGGAUUUCUGCUCAUUUGAAUCAUCAUUUGUCUGGUGCUCGGUCUAUGGGCUCCCAGUCCAGUUCUGGCAUGUCCGGUCGCGGCUCAAGCGGAAACCCGGACCAGUCAGAACCCGAAUCGAACCAAAACCAGGCUACUACGACCCAGAGGACCCGCAGGGGAACCGAGAGAGCGUCGGCAUCUGAGGAGGACGUUGAUCUAGCGCAAGUGCUGGCGUACCUGCUGAGGAGGGGCCAGGUGAGGCUGGUCCAUGGCAGUGGAGCGACAGGGUUACAGCUUGUCCAGUCCAUAUCGGAUUCGGACGAGGACAGCGAUGGAGCAUGGGAGGGACGGCUAGGACAUCGCUACGAUCCUCCUGUGGAUUCACAUCCAGACACUCAGGAGCUGGACCGCAGCGAGAUCCGCACUCAGAUCCUAUUAGCCACAGCGUCCUCACACCUGAAAAAGCAGCACAGCUUCACACACAUGCUUAAUCAGCGGGAACAGGGUCGCUGUCGUGGGUCUGGUUUCUCUCAUGGGGAAUGCAGCCGUAUUCGCUCACAUUUCCUGCCCAACCAUGUAGCCCACAAAGACACCUAUCAGCAGAAGGCGUUUUGCGGCGUGUACAGCGAAGAUGGAAACCUUUUCCUCACUGCUUGUCAAGAUCAGAAUAUUCGGCUGUACGACACCAGUCGUGGUAGAUUCCACCUGAAGCGCACCAUGAAGGCCCGAGACGUAGGCUGGAGUGUGUUAGACGUGUGUUUCACGCCUGAUUCGCGCUCUGUUCUCUACUCCAGCUGGUCUGAUUUCAUCCAUGUGUGCAAUAUAGAUGGCGAGAGUGAAACGCACACCGCUCUGGAACUCAAUCCAGACGAAAGAAGGUUCUGCGUUUUCUCGCUCACAGCCUCAAUGGACAGCAGAGAAGUUCUAGGCGGAGCGAACGACGGCUGUUUGUAUGUAUUUGACCGCGAGCUGAACAAAAGAACUUUGAAAAUCGACGCUCACGAGGAUGACGUGAAUGCCGUGGCGUUUGCCGACGUCUCGUCUCAGCUGCUGUUCUCGGGCAGCGAUGACGCGCUGUGUAAAGUGUGGGACAGACGCACACUAAGAGAACACUCACCUCAACCAGUCGGGGUGUUGGCAGGACACCGAGACGGAAUCACUUUCAUACACAGCAAGGGUGAUGCUCGGUAUCUGAUCAGUAAUUCAAAGGAUCAGACGAUUAAGCUAUGGGAUGUGAGGAAGUUUUCUCCCAAAGAAGGCCUCGCUGCAUCCAGACUCGCCGUCACACAGCAGAACUGGGACUAUCGCUGGCAGCAGGUCCCACAGAGAGCUUUAAAGAGGCACAAACUGACCGGUGAUACAUCCGUGAUGACAUAUCGAGGUCACGGCGUUCUUCACACGCUCAUCCGCUGCCGUUUCUCCCCCGAGUUCAGCACAGGGCAGAAGUUCAUCUACAGCGGCUGCUCGACCGGGAAAAUCAUCAUUUAUGACGUGCUGACGGGCCAGGUUGUGUCCAGGCUGACCGGGCACGAGGCGUGCGUGAGAGAUGUCAGCUGGCAUCCGUACCAGGAUAACAUCAUUAGCAGCUCUUGGGAUGGUGCAAUUCGCUUGUGGGAGCACAGGCACACUCACCUGCUGGAUAAAGACAGAGACCGGGCGAACGAAUGGAGGCCAGAAGAGAAGAUGGAGGAAAAGUGACCUGGCUGCGAGUUUGCUGUGUGUUUUGAAAAAUAGUUUUUUCUGCUGGCCAAAAGAAUAAAACUGCACAAAAAAACCCAACAACAGGGCAACACACAAGCUCAGUAAUGUAUAAUACGCACACUAGAGAUCUUUUUACUUUAAUUGCAAAACUCUGGGAUUCCGGCUGAAACCUGCUCUCGUGAUAAAGUUACUCACGAUGACAUUAUUGCAUCACUUAUAGUAAUAAUAGUGAUAAAAAUUAUAAUGAUAAUGUUGUUGCUUUUUGUCUCCCUGUGAGAGAAAACAGCUUUAAAAAAAACCAUAUUGAAAUGGUAAAGCUGAAUAAUAUAAACCAUUGUAAUAGUGUUCAUGUUCAUUAUUAAGGGAAAUGUUAUUUUGGAGUGUAAUGUGAAAGAAUGACCAAUAGAAAUGUGCGUAAGUGUGUGAAAGAGAGGUGUGUCUGAAUAUAUGUCACUGAAAUUAGUUUCCUGCAAAUCUCCAGAGUGCGUUUGUAAAUAAUUCACGAAGUUAAUUAAAAUCCUUUUUCAGGCUCGA